UCUUGUUUAGAUUUGACGCGGGAUGCUUUUUUCGAUGCGAAUGCGGCAUUUGCGGCACUAAAAUGAUUCCGUGGUCAUAUUUAGGAUGGUAAAGUCAUCUUGCUCUUUUUCGUCUCUUUUUUCCACGCCAAGGCAUCAGCCCGAUUGCAGCGAAUGGGCAUAGUGGGCUAUAGUUCGCUGCUAACUAAGAAAGUGCACGUCCGUUUGGGGGUCUGGCUCUGAGAAGAUGUAAGGAUCAACAAGCUAUUUUUCCCCAGUGGUUUCAAAACAAAAAUGCAGAAAGGAAUGCGACUCAAUGAUGGCCAUGUAACCUACCUGGGUCUUCUGGCAAAGAAAGAUGGCACGAGGCGAGGCUGUUUGAGCAAAAAGAGCUCAGACAACACAAAAUGGCACACCAAGUGGUUCGCUUUGCUGCAGAAUAUGCUCUUUUAUUUUGAGAACGAAUCCAGCUCUCGCCCCUCUGGAUUAUACCUGUUGGAGGGUUGCGUUUGUGACAGGGCACCGUCGCCAAAGCCUUCUCUGUCGGCCAAGGAAUGUUUGGAAAAACAGUACUACUUCACCAUCAGCUUCAACCACGACAACCAGAAGGCCCUGGAGCUGCGCUCAGAGGACGUGAAGGACUGUGAUGACUGGGUGGCGGCAAUAACACACGCCAGUUACAGGAACCUGGCCACAGAGCAUGAGACGCUCAUGCAGAAGUAUCUCCACCUACUCCAGAUUGUGGAGACGGAGAAAACGGUUGCUAAGCAACUUCGACAACAGAUAGAGGACGGGGAAAUCGAGAUCGAGCGGCUAAAAUCAGAGAUCGCCAGCCUGCUGAAAGACAACGAGAAGACACAGUCCAACCCCACGGCCGCUCCCAGCGAUGACGACUCGGAGAUCAAGAAGAUCAAAAAAGUGCAGAGCUUCCUGCGCGGGUGGAUGUGUCGCAGGAAGUGGAAGACCAUCAUCCAGGACUACAUCCGCUCGCCGCACGCCGAGAGCAUGCGCAAGCGCAACCAGGUGGUGUUCAGCAUGCUGGAGGCCGAGGCCGAGUACGUCCAGCAGCUGCACAUCCUGGUCAACAACUUCCUGCGGCCGCUACGCAUGGCUGCCAGCUCCAAGAAGCCUCCCAUCACCCACGACGACGUCAGCAGCAUCUUCCUCAACAGUGAGACCAUCAUGUUUCUGCACCAGAUAUUCUACCAGGGGCUGAAGGCGAGGAUAGCAAGCUGGCCAACACUGGUUCUGGCCGACCUGUUUGACAUCCUGCUGCCCAUGCUGAACAUCUACCAGGAGUUUGUGCGGAACCACCAGUACAGCCUGCAGAUCCUGGCCCACUGCAAGCAGAACCGCGACUUCGACAAGCUGCUGAAGCAGUACGAGGCCAAGCCCGACUGCGAGGAGCGCACGCUGGAGACCUUCCUCACCUACCCCAUGUUCCAGAUCCCCCGCUACAUCCUGACCCUCCAUGAGCUGCUGGCCCACACACCCCAUGAGCAUGUUGAGAGGAACAGCCUGGACUACGCCAAGUCAAAACUGGAGGAGCUGUCCAGAAUCAUGCACGACGAGGUCAGCGAGACCGAAAAUAUCCGGAAGAAUCUGGCCAUCGAGCGCAUGAUCGUGGAGGGCUGUGAGGUUCUCCUGGACACCAGCCAGACUUUCGUCCGACAAGGCUCGCUCAUCCAGGUCCCCAUGAGUGAGAAAGGCAAGAUCACACGGGGGCGGCUGGGCUCGCUGUCCCUGAAGAAGGAGGGGGAGAGGCAGUGCUUCCUCUUCUCCAAACACCUAAUCAUCUGCACCAGGGGCUCUGGAGGCAAGCUGCACCUCACCAAGAAUGGCGUGGUCUCCCUCAUUGACUGUACGCUGAUGGAAGAGACAGAGGGGACAGAGGAUGAGUCCAAGUCGGACAAGAGCGGGCAGGACAUGGAGCACCUGGACUUCAAGGUGGUGGUGGAGCCCAAGGACAGCCAGUCCUUCACCGUCAUCCUGGUGGCCUCGUCACGACAGGAGAAAUCUGCCUGGACCAGCGACAUCAGUCAGUGCAUCGAUAACAUCAGGUGUAACGGUCUGAUGAUGAAUGCGUUCGAAGAGAACUCUAAAGUCACAGUGCCACAGAUGAUCAAGUCCGAUGCCAGCCUGUACUGUGACGAUGUGGACAUCCGCUUCAGUAAGAUGAUGAACUCGUGCAAAGUGCUGCAGAUCCGCUACGCCAGCGUGGAGAGGCUGCUGGAGAGGCUCACUGACCUGCGCUUCCUGUCCAUCGACUUCCUCAACACCUUCCUGCACUCGUACCGCGUCUUCACCAGCGCCCACGUGGUGCUGGACAAGCUCAUCGCCAUCUACAAGAAGCCCAUCAGCGCCAUCCCCGCCCGGUCGCUGGAGCUGUUCUUCGCCAGCAGUCAAAACAACAAGCUGCUGUACGGGGAGCCCCCCAAGUCCCCCCGCGCCAGCCGCAAGUUCUCCUCCCCUCCCCCGCUCUCCAUCACCAAGUCCUCGUCCCCGAACCGCCGGCGCAAGCUGUCCCUCAACAUCCCCAUCAUCACGGGGGGCAAAGCCCUGGACCUGGCCGCCCUCGGCUGCUCCCCCAACGGCUAUGCAAGCAUGUACUCCAGCGUGUCUCCCUUCAGCAAGACCACGCUGGACAUCAACAAGCUGUACGUGUCCAGCUCCAUGGCCAACAAGAUGGCCGACGAGGCCGAGGGCGCCAAGGCCGAGCGGGCGGAGGAGCCGUCGCUCUGCAAACAAGACAUCUCGGAGCGGGAGGAGGGGGACACCGAGCAGCCCCAGAGUGACGAGGCCGAGCCGGAGACCUCCCCCACCAAGUCCCCCACCACCCCCAAAAACCUUAAAUGCAAGAACUCCUCAGAAUUCUCCCUGUUCUCUUACAACAACGGCAUGGUGGUGUCGUCCUGCCGGGAGCUGGACAGCACCCGCAGCGCCCUAUCAGCGGCCUCCGCCUUCGCCAUCGCCACGGCCGGGGCCAACGAGGGCACGCCCACCAAGGAGAAGUACCGCCGCAUGUCUCUGGCCAGCACGGGGUUCCCCACGGACCAGAGGAACGGAGAUAAAGAGUUCAUCAUCCGCAGAGCCGCGACCAACCGGGUCCUCAACGUCCUGCGGCACUGGGUGUCCAAGCAUUCUCAGGACUUUGAGACGAACACAGAGCUGAAGCAGAAGGUGAUCAGCUUCUUGGAGGAGGUGAUGCACGACCCUGAGCUCCUGACCCAGGAGCGGAAGGCGGCCGCCAAUAUCAUCAGAACCCUGACCCAGGAGGACCCAGGCGACAGCCAGCUCAGCAUGGAGGAGAUAACUCAGCUGCAGGUGGAGGGGGGGAAACCAGAGCCGUUUGAAUGCCACUCUGCUCUUGAGAUCGCCGAACAGCUCACCCUGCUGGACCAUCUGGUGUUCAAGGUCAUCCCUUACGAGGAGUUCUUUGGCCAGGGCUGGAUGAAGAAUGAUAAAAAUGAGAAGACGCCCUACAUAAUGAAAACCACCAAGCAUUUCAACGAUGUAAGCAACCUGAUCGCCACGGAGAUCCUGCGCUGCGAUGACGUCAACACGCGUGUGGUGGUGAUGGAGAAGUGGGUGGCUGUGGCCGACAUCUGCCGCUGCCUCCACAACUACAACGCCGUGCUGGAGAUCACCUCCUCCCUGAACCGGAGCUCCAUCUUCCGUCUGAAGAAGACCUGGCUGAAGGUCUCCAAGCAGACUAAAACGGUGAUCGACAAGCUGCAGAAACUGGUAUCUUCUGAGGGACGGUUUAAAAAUCUGCGGGAGGCUUUGAAGAACUGUGACCCGCCCUGUGUUCCUUACCUGGGGAUGUACCUGACUGACCUGGCCUUCAUUGAGGAGGGGACACCCAACUACACCGAGGACAACCUGGUUAAUUUCUCCAAGAUGAGGAUGAUUUCUCACAUCAUCAGAGAAAUCAGACAGUUCCAGCAGACGGCUUAUAAGAUCGACUUCCAGCCGAAGGCUGCGCAGUAUCUGCUGGACAUCAGCUCGGUGUUGGAUGAAGAAAGCUUGUAUGAAGCAUCCCUCAGAAUCGAGCCCAAGGUGCCCAGCUAAGGAGGGCAACAUUUUCUCCAAAGGCUCCAUGCUAUACAGACGUUAUAUCAUAUGUACAUAAUCCUUUAUUUGUAUUAGACCAUCUUAGACCUAUCCUUCUAGUAUGUGUUUCUGAAAGGACUUGUGUAUCCACGUUAUUUGAAGUUAACUAGAAACCUUAAAGGCAUUUUUUUUAUGUAUAGUUUUUGUGGGGGGAAUACACUUAGAAGCUUAUUUGUUAUUUACUGUUGUUUUGUCUGCAUUCAAUCAAAUAGUUAUUUUAUACAAAAAACUUUAAAGCAGAAAGAAACCAACUAGGGGUGGCUUGUACUGGGUCCCUGGGCAUAUGCCAUUUCAACUCUUCGGGAGUUUUCACUUGUAAAGGUGUAUUUUAAUACUUCGCCAUUAAAUUUGAUUUCUAAAUUAUUUUUUAGAUCAAGUUCUUUACAUGGACUUAAAUCCUGCACUUCCGAGUGAGGGUCAAGUGAUAGCGCGAUCACUCUUAUUCACGGGGAGAAAUGUCACCUUUCCUUUAAUGAAAAAAAAUAUAUAUUUAUUUUGUUUAUGAGUUAACGCCAAUGAUGUAGCAAUGUAAAAAAGAAAAAAAAAGAAAGAAAAGACUCGAAACAUUAAACAACAAUAUGUGAUUACAUGGAUAUGUGUGCCAAAAGUCUUUAACGGUAUAUCCCCAAGCUAAUAACACUAUCGAGGUCUGAGGUCUCACUGAACCCCGGAUCAGUUAUGUUGUACGCUGUUGGCUUUGUGCAUAAAAUUGUUUGCCAGGAUUUCGUGCGUCACGGACAUUGAAGUCCACUCGUUUGCAUCUUGCAUUGCAGUGGUGGCUGUUCAGCUGCAUUUCAGAGGGUGGCUGCUUUUGAUAGUUUUACCAUUCUCGCUUGAUUGCAUCUAAUCUGGUGGAAUUGCCCUUGUGCUCCCCAUAUGACAGUGACAUUGGCUGUUGUGCAAUCUUUGAUUGUUUUACUGGUUUUCCAGUGAAACCAGGAGUAUGUUUUCCAGUUUGGGGAGACUUCAAGAUAGGAUUUUUUUCAGUAAGCAGAGAUAUAGUUGGAUGACACCACAUAUAUGCACUGCGACAGUAACAAAAUAUUUGUAUUUGAUUAUUUUAAAGCAAAAUAUUGUUCUUUCUGACAUGAUUUGGAGGUGAUUAAGAGUUCCAAGAUAGACACUGUAACUUGUGCUAUGCAUUGACUACUUUGAAACAAUCAUCAUAAAAUCUGAUUGGUUCUUAUGAGUCGAUGAUUGACAACCCCUGGUAGCUCUCCAAGUUUGACCUGCCCUUGACUGCUGGUGUAUGGUCUUUACUUUACAUUACAUUAUUGGCAUUUGCAAACGCUCUUAUCCAGAGCGACAUACAGUUGAUUAGACUAAGCAGGAUACAAUCCUCCCCUGGAGCAAUGCAGGGUUAAGGGCCUUGCUCAAGGGCCCAACGGCUGUGCAGAUCUUAUUGUGGCUUCACUGGGAUUAGAACCACCCGUGUGUCCCAGUCAUGCACCUUCACCAAUACGCUACAGGCCGCCACUUUAAUUUAAGUAGCUGAGCUUGUUAAUAAUGAAAGUAGCCAAUCAAAAACCCUUUCAGGAUGAAUGCUAGUUUGAAGGUGUAUUUUCAGUUUUCUUUAUUUCUUACUCAAAGGCACACAUUGGCACAGGUCAGAUAUAGUUGCAGUUGUUUUGAGUCUAGGUAGGGCUCCCUUUUCAGUCUGGACCAUAGAAGUGAGGAAAAAUGUUGCACGUUUUGAAAGCUUUCGCAGAUCUGAGGUAGACUCUUAAAUGUUUUUUAAAAAAAGAUGCUUUGAUACUCUGAUUGGUCAGGCUGCUGAUUUAAUGAGAGGAGAGAUCAGUGCAGUCUUUUCUCCUUAUUGAAACGUUGAUAUCAUUUAACCUGUAGUCAGGACACUGUUUGACCAGCUUGCAGUUUAAGCUUUAACAACCAUACAUGACUCCAGUGCAGGUUCAUUAAAAUAGGUUCACAUGCUACUAGAUGAUAGAACUGCUCCACUGUUGGUUAACAACUGGGAAAUAAACACACAGUGCCGCAUUUGGUAGAUGAAAUGCAUGAACUGACUGCUUCUAACUUGUGAAUAAACUCUUGAAUGUGCGUCUUUAUCAGUCUGCACAAGUAUAAUAUUGUUUAAAUAUGAAUGUUGCAAGUUUUUUGUUAGAUACACAAAGACGUAAUGUUCCAAUAUAUCAAUGUUUAAAUAAGGAAAAGAUGCACAAAUCUUUAUUGUGGGCUUAUAUUGGCGUGUAUUCCCAUUUCUCUUUUGGCUGGCUUCAUUUAUAGCAAUCUGAGAGGAGUGCAGUAAUUUGCAGAGCAGUAAAUUGGUACAUAUGAAAUAUUGAUUGGGAUUGGAUAUAUCUUUUUUCAGUUUAUCCUGUAGCAGGGUUUUUACACAGCUGGGAUGAUGAUAAUGGCCUCUUGUGGAUGAAUUGUCUGACAGUGUAAUAAAGUGGUACCUUACAUUGUAAGUUAAACAGUGCUUUGGUUGUUGGAUUGUGUGGAGAAACCUUCUCCCAGUGGUAGCCAAAACAGGCAAACUGACUCUUUGUUUGACUCUGCAGGGGUGCCUGACUCUUUGUGUAAGGGUGUUUGACUCUUAAUGCUGGAGUGUCUGACUCCUAGUGUAAUAGUGUCUGACCCUUAUUGCUGUAGUGUCUGACUCCUCUUGUAAUGGUGUCUGACCCUUAUUGCUGUAGUGUCUGACUCCUCUUGUAAUGGUGUCUGACUCUUAUUGCUGUAGUGUCUGACUCCUCUUGUAAUGGUGUCUGACUCUUAUUGCUGUAGUGUCUGACUCCUCUUGUAAUGGUGUCUGACUCUUAAUUCAGCGGUGUCAGGUUUGUUUGGUUUCAGCCAGCUUUCCUGAAUUGACGGAUCCACUGAGUUUAACCUGGCAUAUAUUUUUAGACCUUUAGCAAAAUAUAUUGCAGACAAAUAUAUUUAAUUAGCACUGGGCACACACUUCAAAGUGUUGUUUACAAUUUAAAGAACUGAAAUUGAAGCAAAUCUGAGUUAGUCACUUCUGCAUUAAUAAAAAAUGGGAGGAAUAUUUAUUUAUUUGUAUUCUUUUUUAAGGCUAUUAUGGGUGAAGAUGCAGUAUUUAUUGAUUAGGCAAUAGUGCACUGAGAAGAGGAUAGGGAGGAAGAGAGAAAGAUGGAAAGACAAACAAAUCUGUAGUUGUGCAAGAGAUUGAAAUACUAAACAUAUGUUUCUGACAAAACCACAGGCUGCAGUGUGUGGAUAGGACAGGAGAGGCCAUGAAGGCAGCACAAAGGAGGUUAGCUCAGUUAAUAAAUUAGCUAACAGUAGUUCAGAAAAAGUACAGCGCAAUUAUCCUUACAUCAUGGCUGAAUUUUGCCUCUACAUACACUGUACAGUGGAGGACGUGAAAUUAUCUCCAGUGACUUGAAAACGAUUCAUUGUCACAAAGUUAAUUUGGAUUGUUUUUAAAUAAUAUUUCAGAAGCAAAAAAUACGAUUGAACGAUUUGACUGCGUUAGAUUUUUGAAGGUAUUUUUGUAAUGUGGCAUAAAAAAUGAGGAAAAGGGGAGAUAUUGCAUCUUUGAGGGAAAAUGAAAAGUUGUAUUUUAUAUAAACUUGCCAAUUCACACAACAGAAAUGUACGCUGUAUAUUUUGUACAUGCAGCCUGCCAUAUAUAUCUUUGAAGAUAUAUAUUUAUAUUUAUCUUGUGUAACCGUGUAAAGCACACCAUCUUUACAGCAUUAUAUCCCAGUAUGCUUACAAACCUAAAAUGCGAAAAAAAUUGUGAUAUGUAGAUCCAUGAUUUAGAAGUAGAAGACAACCUUAAAAGUGUUUUUGCAUUUACUGUAAUCCUGUCUAUAAUCACUAUCUUAGCAGGAAUAUAGUAAUGUAGUGCUUAUUCUGUGAAUAUUUGUAGGUAUUUUUACUAUGUACAGUAUAGAAACACAUUCACCACUCCACUGGCUGGCAUGCGCCACUUUAACAAACAGAAUCUUUAAAAAAGUUAAACAUCUAUAUAUAUUUAGCUACAGUUAUAUAUACAUACUGUACACACAUAUACAUGCACAUACACUUAUAAAUAAUACAUAUAUUAACAUACAAACAUUUUGCUGUGAGCAAUACCCAGUGGUAUGAGAGUUAUCUUUCAAUCCUUAAGUUUAUUUCCACAGCUUGAGAUAUAUUUCCAGUUUUGUAUAAAAAUGUAAUGUUUCCUGAUUACCUCUUGCUAAUAAAUCUAUUCUAUCUCAGGGGGAA